CAGAUAAAGACAGGCACAAACUCCUCGGGUACAGAUAAAGACAGGCACAAACUCCUCGGGUACAGAUAAAGACAGGCACAGUCAUUUGGUGUACAUUUUGACAUUGUAUAUAGUUAGAAGUCAUUGAAACUUUAACCUGGUGGCAGGGAUGUGCUGAGAAUGUAACACUGGUUACACUGACUGUCUACAACAAUUAUACGUGUACAUGUGCCUCGCCUUACCUGUGACUUACCUGUGAUUAACCUGUAUCUUACCUGUGUCACAUUCUCAGCAUCUGGAUAUAAAGUAACUAACUCAACUCUUUCCACCAGGAAUUAUAAUCUCUGUCUGCUGUACUUACAAGGGAGAUAACUCUGGUUAAACAGACAACCAUACAAAGAUAAGUGUGAUAUCAGGGAUUCCGUGUGAUAUAUGGGAACCAGACAUCUGUGUGAAGAUAUAACGAGUCCAUAAACCAGAGCCUGUGUGUUAUCUACAGAUAGUAACCAGUCUAAAGAGAUAUCACACACUGAUGGGGAGGAGCAGUCACCAGUACUACUCCACCUGGUGGACAUUUUAGACAAUAACCAUUAUGUCAGGCUGGCACCGCCUCUCCGGUUACCUGUAUUUUAAAGAAGGGGGAGGUAUCAGCCUACUGAGAAGUAAGAGAAAACUUUGGUGUGUGCUAGAGGAGAGUCAAUGCCAGCUGCUGUACUUUAAGACAGAGGACGAUGUACGCAACAACAAAACACCCGUGGGGAGCCUCGAUAUCCAGGGAGCAGCCAUUUCCCUUGACCUUGACAACCAUAACCAGUUCAAUAUCCUGUCUGACAACAAGGAAUAUCAAUUCACAGCAGAAAACCAUGAGUCUAUGAUGAUAUGGUUACUAGGACUACAGGCCAAACGAGACAAGGGAGUGAGCCAGGGAGCUAACUCUGCUGAUGGACCAGCUGAGGAGGAAAUUGAACAGAACUACUCCAGGAGAAUAUCUGACAUCACCCGACCUGGGGGUCAAGGUUGUGACCUGGAGGGAGCUAUGGCCAUUGAUCCUGCUAACCGACGCAAGUUACAGUGGCAUAGAGCUCGUAAUGGAAGAAUGUGGGAGUCCGUCGAUACAAGUGUGGGCAUGAACAAGUCUAAAGCCACUGAUAUACCCCUGCCAGCACCCAAACACAGACAGGUGAAAAUGAGUCGCAGUCUAGACACACAUGGGAGACAACUCAAGAAAAGCUAUGACAAUCUCAUGAGAUUGUCAUGUAGUCCGGACAGCUUCAGAUCGUACCCCGAGGAUCGACACAGAUAUUUCACAAGUCAAGGUCACCAGGACUCCAGCAGUGGUGGGGACAGUGAUGAUGUUUUCGGAGAAUUUUGUGGGUCACGAAAAUCCUCAGAGGAUCAUCAUGUAAAUACAUUGCGAUCAGAUGCAUGCAUGGAUUCAGCUUUGUGUAUGGAGCUGUCUACAUCUGACCCCACAGACAGCAAGGAACCAGGCAGCUGCAGCUCACUGUCUGUGUCCAGUGACUCAGCAAUAGACAAAGGGGAGACAACCUCAUCAGAACUAGCCAGUCGACUGAUGGACUUGGAGAAGGAGCUCAUAUCCACCAAAUGUGAGCUUGCCAAGGUGAUAAACCAACAGUCAGGCUACCAGGAGUUGCUGGCCCAGCGUGAUGAUGCCAUCCGAUUCCUGGAGGGGCGACUAGACACGUCUGGGUCUGACCCCAAAAUGUUAACUCUAAAAAACAGUAAGUCAGCAGCCUCACCUGGAACUGUUAAAUCAGAGAAGGAGAUGGAAGAGAGACUCCGCGUCUUACAGCACCAGAACCGCUUCCUCAACCUAGAGGUGAAAAAACUGGCCAAGCUCCGACAGACAGAGCGGGAAACCUUCUUCCAACAAGAGGAGCGUAUACGAGCUCUGGAGGCGGAGAUAGAGAAGUGGAAGGUGGAUUAUGUGUCAAUCAUACGCUCCAGUAUUCGUUUUCCUGGAGGCGACACCAUGGACGACGCUGAGCUUAUCCUGUUUGGUGGCGACCGGCACAAGAACCGAAUCAUAAAACUGUUGGAGGAUGCUCGCAAAAUGAAUCCAAGCCUGCCUACAUAUGAAAGUCUGAACAGUGGAGAGAUCCAUGUGGACGCGUACGGAUUUAAACACGUGUUUGAGGACCAGGGCUUGCUGCUCCAUUAUCUGUGUCAGGAGCUCACCCAUCAUUAUAUCCUACAGGCUGGCUCCUAUGAGGACCACCACCGGAAGUGGACACACUUCAUGAGACAGCAUGGGAAGUCCAUCACAAACCAUUAUAAGGAGCUGAAGAUACUUUGUCGAGGAGGAAUACCGGACCGAUUCCGUAAGCAGGUGUGGAGACAGCUGAUCUUUCAUCGGAUCAAGGACACCAUUGAGCAGAAGGGCAUGCACUACUUUCGAAACCUCUGUAAUGCCCUACCUGACUCACCUAUGGCGUCAUGCUACAGGAAACAGAUAUCAUUGGACCUGAUGCGGACGAUGCCUAGUAACACAAAGUUCUCCAUGGUAGGAUCUAAAGGAAUUAUGGACCUACAGGACGUACUACUGGCGUUCUGUGUACACAAUCCGGCCACAGGCUACUGCCAGGGCAUGAACUUCAUCGUAGGCAUGGCGCUGCUCUUCAUGGAUGCCCAGGACGCAUUCUGGAUGCUGGUGGCUUUCACAGAGCGGUUCUUCCAGAAGCAUUACUUUGACCACAAUCUUAUUGGUGCUCAGUCUGAUCAACAUGUGUUCAAAGACAUCUUAGCAGAGAAACUACCAGCCCUCAAUCGUCACCUCGACAACAUUGACAUUGAGAUCUCUACAGUUACACUCAACUGGUUCCUGGCUAUCUUCUUUGAUGCAGUACCGUUCCAGACAUUGUUAAGGAUCUGGGACUGUUUCCUGCUUGAGGGUCCAAAAGUUUUGUUCCGCUUCACACUGGCUAUCCUCAAGAUCAAUGAGAAAGAAAUCCUACAGAAGAAUGAUACUAUCAGCAUUAUGAGGCACCUUAAAGCCUCUGCCAAGCUCACCUUCGACGCAGACACUCUCAUUAAGGUUGCCUUUGAGGAUAUAAAAGGGUUUCCUAGGCGUCAGGACAUGGCAACCAAGCAGGCCUGUUACCUGAAGACACUGAUGGACAAGAACAAGCAGAAAGAACUCCAGCGCCUGGUGUACACUGAACGCGAACACCUGUAUCUUAAGAUGGAGAAUGAAACUGGUAACUACAUGGGCAUCGGGUCUGCAGUAGCCUUGGAGGAUGGUAAAGUUUGGGUCUGCUAUGGUGAUCAGAAUGUUGGAAAAGUCUCAAAGAUCACGUGUGAAGAAGGCCUGAUGUACGACAUCAACUUAGAGUUUGACUCACGAGUUAUGUGUCUGUACCCAGUUAAUAACAACAUCGUUUUGCUUGGUACUCUUUCCUGGAUGUUGCAUGCCUACAACACCAAAACAAGGGACAAUCUCUGGAAGCUACAGCUCCAUGAUGCCAUCCUUUCGCUGUGUUGCUAUGACGACAAAGAGGGCAUAGUGACCAGACAUUUUGCGGGGCUGGCUGAUGGCACCCUGGCUGUUAUGGAGCAAAGUAACCUGGAGAAGACAAUCCCUGACAGCGACAUCAUGUAUAUCCCCAUUGGUCAAGCUCCCAUCUCAUGUCUCCUGUUGCUAGGAGACCAGCUGUGGACAGCUAGUGGUAACACUGUCAGCAUCAUACAUGCCAGGACCCUGGAUACCAUGGACAAUUUUACAGUGUCUGUAAACCCAUAUGACCACAUCCUGUCCCUGAUUGAAGGACAGUAUGGUGUUUGGAUCAUCCUGCGAGGGUCAUCCAUCUUGGAACUCUGGGACCCCAAAACCCUUAACUGUAAGAUGUUGUACGACACUCGUACUGACCGCUACCCACAAUUGAGAAAGGAGGAUGACACUUACUUCAAUCGGGCGCGGAUCACAGCUGUGGUGGACAUUGGUCAGUGUGUCUGGGUGGGCACAGGGGAGGGCAACCUCAUCAUCUAUGAAGUGUCAGAACAGGCCAACUUGAAAACACCAACUGACCAGUCACCCUCCACAGAAACCAUGUCCAGCCUCCUCAGCAAUCCAGUACCCCCCUUCAGUGUCAAGAAGAAAUUCUCCCGUUGUGCUGGUGAUCCACGUGUAAAUGGUGGAUGUCGAACGAAGGAGAAAGUUUCUCUGGCAGGAGAUAAGGCUGUUCGUACUAGUAAGUCAUUGGUCAAUGAGAGUCAUGUGACUAGUCCAGCCACCUCAUCCAAUCAGGUAAGCACAACCACCACGUCAGACGCUGCCUCGACAGGAACCAGUACACCAAGAAUGUUGUCUCCAAGGGCAAAGGCAGGCCAGGCGAACAGCUCAAACUCCAGAGGAAACACCAGCGAAGGUAGUGGUAGGCAGGCCAGUACAGAGGUGGACAAGCCUCUGGCAGUCAUGGAACACUCCUCCAGUGAGGAAAGUGUUCGUAAAAACAGCACAAAGACAUCAUGUAAGCAUAGACCCCAGAGGGAGAGCCUAAAAGGAUACAGAAAGAGUGGUACAACACAGAAGGCCAGAGAUAUCACUAACGGCACACACUCGACAGAUGUCACAAAAAUAGAGUCUCUAGAUUUGGCUGGGUCACCAGAGAGUUUGGGAUCAAUACAUAGUUUUGAUGAUACUGAAAACAUAAAGGGGAAUCAAGAAAGUGUUGAAAAUGUCAGCCAAAUAUCACAACAGACUAUGAGUGAGGAUUCUACCAGACAAAGGAAAGUUGGUGUUGUACAACUGAAGCCUCCAAUGUUACAAAACAACGAAGAUUCCGAGUCUAAAAGUGGACCAGCAUGCAAAGACCCUUAUCAGUGUGAUCUGAAGGAACCUAAGAGUCAUGAUGCUUGCCUUUCAAAAGAUUUAAGUUGCCAUGGCAAUAAAUCUGAGGAUGUUCUAUAUCCAAGUGAGGACAGAGCAUGUGAAACAGAUCGUAAUGUGGCUGACAAUAAUUGUCUGUCUGAAGCGGAAGUAGCAGCAAACACUUUGGCAGAGGGUGAGGCCUUCCCUGUCCUACAAGACACUCUCACCUUGAACGACAUUGACCACUCCCAAUUGAACAAAGUCAUGUCCCGCCAUCACAAGGUCAACAAAUGGCUGAGUUCACUAGAGGGACCAGUGGAAAGGGAUAUGUCUGCUGUAUCUGAUAAGACCAGGGAACACACUCAGGAGACAAAUGUUGAUUUUGAACUGACCAAUGGUCAAGCAUCUGAGGAGGAGAUCCUCUUAUUGCAGAAACCAAAGUCUAGCUCCUCAGAGGAGGUGUACUAUGUUGCGGAUGAGGAAGUUUCCCACAGUUCAGAGCUAGCUGCUUCCCUUGAGGAGGGACAGAGUGAUGUGUGUGAUGCAGUGAACCCCGACCCUAGUUUUGACUCUAUGAAAAAGAUGUUCCGAUGUGACUCCCUUGAGUCUGAAGGGGUCAGUAGUGUCAGUGACAAAGUGGUAGACAAUCAUGUCAUUUCCAGUAAUCCUGAACUGAAAUAUCGCCUGGACUUCUCUGGUCUGCACAUAGAAACUGACAGUGAAAUGGACAUGUCCAAACAUAACUCACGGUGUGGAUCAAUCAGCGACAUGAGCUAUUUCAACUCUAGGCAGAACAGUCUAGACGGGAGACAGAUCAACUUGAGUCAGUUCAAUUCCAGACUGCUGAGUCUGGACAGUAGACAGAGCAGUUUAGAUGGAGUGCUGUUUCAUGGAAUAGACACUAACAAAGUCAGUCAAGCAGAUCUGAUCAGGAUGGACAAUUGGUCAUUAUCAGUGAGUGCCAGUCCCUCAGUCUCGUCCUCCGAGCCUCGCUUGCUGGACCAGAUGCAGACACACACCCUGGUAAGUCGUAAACUGUCACUGAGUGGCAAGCGACGUGAGAUGAUAGAUUGGGGGGACCUCUACAGCUGUGGCAAGCAGUCUUCAGGAAGUCCAAUCAGUUCAGCGGACCAGAAAGUACAAGACUUCUUGCGAACGCCAAGCAUCAGCAGCCGCCCAAGUUCGCUGUGGUCAAGUUACGAGAACAUCUCCACCCCAUCGCAGGCUGAUGAGGACACGGACAGUGUGGGUAUGGGGAAACGUCUGGUGCCAGUACAGAGCAUAAUCAGCCAUUCAGCCAGCUCUGCCUCCCUGUGUAGUACAACCCCAGAGGUGUUCUUCACCACGGAACUCAGUCUACAGAUGAAGGUGAAGAUUGCAGACAAACCUGUGAGGAGCUUCCUUAAGACCAGCUGCAAUGGUUCGCCAGUAUUGUUGAGUUUCUCUGGUUGCUAUGGUGAUGAUGAGGCAGCGUUGAAAUGGAGACAAGAUCCAAAUGAGCGCCUUUGGACCAAUGAGCCGAUUGUUGAGAUAUGUCCCAAGACCAAACUGACACGCCUGCCGUCCUACAUGAGAGGGAGGCUAUCCUCCACCUCUUCCCACAAUAGUCAGAGCAGCAACUUCUCCUUCCACAGUGCCUCCUCCCGACCCCACACAUAGGUUCAAGGCCAUAGACACAAGGUCACCAGGCAUGCUAGAUCACUAAGAAUGAAAAAUUCAAGAGUGUAGCACGCGACAAAGGCCUUUUAGGAGGAAGCUUGACCUAAAACAAAGGCCUGUUAGGAGGAAGCUUGACCUAAAACCAAGGCCUGUUAGGAGGAAGCUUGACCUAAAACCAAGGCCUGUUAGGAGAAAGCUUGUCUGUAACUGGUCACGGUGCUGUUUUGUAUUUUACUAUUUUAUAUUGAAUCUAUACACAUUACAUCAUCAUAUACAUAUAACGGUAAAACACAGCUGUGACAGCAGUGAAAUAUACUACAUCACCUGUAUAGAUUAUAUAGUAUGAUAUAUAAUUGUUAUACAAACUUAUUUGAUAAUGGAGUUAAAUGAUGUACAUAGGGGAUAGCAUGUUAACAUGUGGUAUGUACACAGGUAGUUAUUGGUAAAGCUGAUGUAAUACAGGUCUGGAUGUAACAAUGGGACAUGUCUGUGAUCAGGUGUGAUACAGGUAUGUAACCUCAUGUCAUGUCAGUGGUCAGGUGUUAUAGAGAUCUGUAACCUCAGAUCAUGUCUGUGGUCAGGUGUUUAGAGGUCUGUAACCUAAGGUCAUGUCUGUGAUCAGGUGUUAUAGAGGUAUGUAACCUCAUGUCAUGUCAGUGGUCAGGUGUUAUAGAGAUCUGUAACCUCAGAUCAUGUCUGUGGUCAGGUGUUAUAGAGGUCUGUAACCUAAGGUCAUGUCUGUGAUCAGGUGUUAUAGAGGUAUGUAACCUCAUUUCAUGUCUGUAAUCAGGUGUUUAGAGGUAUGUAACCUAAGGUCAUGUCAGUGGUCAGGUGUUAUAGAGGUAUGUAAUCUCAGGUUAUGUCAGUGAUCAGGUGUCAUAGAGGUCAUUACCCUCAGGUUAUGUCAGUGAUCAGGUCUUAUAGAGAUCUGUAACCUCAGAUCAUGUCUGUGAUCAGGUGUUAUAGAGGUCUGUAACCUCAGGUCAUGUCAGUGGUCAGGUGGUAUAGAGGUCUGUAACCUCAGAUCAUGUCUGUGAUCAGGUGUUAUAGAGGUCUGUAACCUAAGGUCAUGUCUGUGGUCAGGUGUUAUAGAGGUCUGUAACCUCAGGUCAUGUCUGUGAUCAGGUGGUAUAGAGAUCUGUAACCUCAGAUCAUGUCUGUGAUCAGAUGUUAUAGAGGUCUGUAACCUAAGGUCAUGUCGGUGAUCAGGUGUCAUAGAGGUUUGUAACCUCAGGUCAUGUCUGUGAUUAGGUAGGAGGCAUGGUAGUCUAGUGGUAGGACGCUGGGUUCUUGACCGAAGGGUUGUGGGCUCGAGUGACAGCACGGCACUGUGCUGUAUCUUUGAACAAGAUACUUACUUCACUUGUGUCAGUCUACUCGACUGUAAUUGAGUAGUUGGUUGAGCAGUGCUAGGAUUGUUAAAUGCUAGCUGUGAGCGCCAAAGUGGCAGCAAUGGCUGUAUGCUCCCCAUGGAGUUAAAAAAGAUUGGUCAUGUCAGCGGUCAGGUGUUAUAGAGAUCUGUAACCUCAGGUCAUGUCAGAGGUCAGGUGUUAUAGUGGUCUGGGUCAUGUAUGUGAUUAGUUGUUAUGUGAUAGAGGUGGGGGUUGUUUUCUCAGACCAUGUUAUAAUGCUAUAGAUAAUGUAUUAAACGAAAUUAUCAAAAAUGA